CUUGUUAUGAUGUUACGAGCUGCAGCUGCUGAACGCAAUGCUGGUCCCAUAUCUGAUGUGUUGCGUAGAUAUCUAACUGAUGAUAUGAAACAUUCAUUGCAGCUACUAGAGAUUGCUUCCGGAACCGGACAGCAUGUAAUUAAAUUUGCCGAAAAAUUUCCUGGAGUCACUUUUCAACCGUCUGAAAUUGAUGCUCGGUCUCUUCACAGUAUUGUUGCCUAUAUCGACCAUUAUAGACUUGGUAAUGUUCGGGUGCCGUUGUUUAUCGAUGUGACGAAACCGGUCAGUCAUUGGGCAUUACCGGGAGAUUACGGUCCACAAGCGGUGGAUGUUAUACUUAGUAGUAACAUGAUUCAUAUUAGCUCCAAUGCCGCUGUUGACGGCCUUUUCAAUGCAGCGGGUGUGCUUCUAAAAAGAGGUAGUGGCCUGCUCAUAACUUACGGACCGUACGCAGUAGAUGGUGUCAUCUCUCCUCAAAGCAACAUCGACUUUGAUGCUGGUUUACGAAGUCAGAAUCCUGAAUGGGGAUUACGGGAUAUUAGUCAUUUAUCUAGGUUAGCCUCAAGUUGCGGUUUGACAUUGGUAGCUCGGCACGAUAUGCCAGCAAAUAAUCAUAUGCUGGUGUUUAGUAGAGACUCAUAA